AUGGACUUUUGCCGUUGUAUGGACUGGACCUUGCAUGAGUUGGUCUUUGACCUGGCCGAUCAAUGGCCUUGUCGGAGAUCCAGAUGGUGGGCUGCCUGUUUGCCUUCGGUUGAUGUGCCGUGUUUGUCUUCUUGGCCGUCCGAUGUCUCUUGUCAUCGUGUUGACCAGCUUGUUUCUGCUUGGCCGUGGUGGUCAUCUGAUGAGGAAGAACAGCUGCUUCUGACCGAACUGGAAUCUCAAACAUAUCUUGGCACCUUUGAUGAGCCCAAUCGCAUGCUGAAUGUUUGUGGUCCCUGCCCAACAUUUCUUCACAGCUAUGCCAAUGCCACAAGUGGCUGCCCUUGUGGCUGCAGGAGUCAUGGUUUUCGCUUGGAGCGCCUUCAAGCAGGCGGUUUACGGGGCGUCUUGGUUUUUGGGCGUGGUGGUCAGCCAAGAUUCUUGCACCCUCGCGAGGUCAUGUUCCUGUUAGGUUUUCCAGCGGACACCCCAGUUGAUUCCGAAUUGCGAGCUUCUCUGUGCCUGCUUGGGCAAUCAGCUUCUCCUCUUCAGGCGCUUUGGAUGAUCUCUUUCUGUGGUGCAGCUCUGUUUGGGGAUGAUUGGGACGUUGUUCCAGGAAGAUUGGCUUGUUUCAAAGAGCGACUCUGCUUUGAGAAGUUCCAUUUGUGGCCUGUCCCUGAAGCUUGGCAGGCACAAGAGGUGACCAUCUACAAUGUGACUGGUUUGUUGGCUUUGAAUAUUUUGCCUCAUGCUGCACUUCUGUUGGAAGAUGGACUUAUGGUGGACUUGGAUCAGCGGAUUUGGACUCCCCGCACCUUCACCAUUCACUUGCGUGGGGCAGGCACCGCAACUUGGUGGGGCCUUUCUAUGGCUGGAAUCCAGGCACUUGCCAGCUUCAUGCGCACUCUGCUGCCACAGCCUGCGAAAUGUGUCCUCCAUGGAUUCGCUUGGCAGGAUGGUCGUUGGACUUUGCAUUUUGGAUCGGGCUUGUCUCAUGCUCCUGAGUUGGGUGAGAUUCACUGUAUCUGUGUUUUGUUGGACGGUCAUUGGAUUCUCUUGACUUUGCGUUUGUCUAGCCUCAGUGGGUUCAGCGUUGGCUUUUGGGAUGGACUUGCUCAUCCAACGAUUCCUCCUCGCAUCGCUCACUUGCUGGAACAGUUCAUGGUUGGUUGGACUUUGGAUUGCGUGCGCCUUGACUCUUGCUCUCAGUUGGUUCAGCAUGGACUCUCAACCUGUGGCACCAUUCUCUUGGGACACCUUGGACUUGCUAUUGGCCUUUUCGAUGCCAUGAACGUCUUGGAUUUUGAGACGUAUCAUGACCGUUUUGUAGCUUUUGAACACUCCCUCUUUGGAUUUUCGUCGACCCCCUUCAUUGGAUUUGGGAAGGGAGGAGGGAAAAGCACCGGAGAAGCUCAACUGCUGCUUCAGCUUGCCACAGUACUUCAGGAAAAAGGUGUCCCUCAAGAUAGAGUGGAGGAGCGUGCUGCCCUUGGACUUCGCAAGAUUGGCUAUCAAGAAAUUGAGGCAGCCUUGCAAUCGGCCAAUCCUUGGACUUAUCUCAAGGCCAUUGCUUCAAGACCACACGUUUCAUUUCAAUGGAUCCAUGCAGACGAACUGCAAUCCAAGAUCCGUGCAAAAGCAUCAGCCAAGUUCCAGAUCCAGGCCAAGACUGGCAAGAAGCAUCCAAAGCCGGCCGGCGAAACCAAGCCGUUGUGGAUUGAUCCUAACAUGCUUCAAUUGGUCCCCGGCACCUUUUAUGCACAGGAUAAAGAGAUUGGUCAAAUUCAGUUUAGUGACGUGACCUCCUCAGCCUCUGGACUUGCCUUUUGUGCCAUUGCUGAUGUGAUGCCUUUUUUGAAGGCGGGUACGACCUUGAGUGACAAACCACUUGCGGUGAUAACCACUACACCCAUUCCUGCGGAUCAUGGUAGUGCCUUGGUUGUAAACCACUUGCGCUUUCCAGCACAGUUUCGAGGCACCAAUGAACCAGUGCUUCUCCAAGGCAGCAUUGUCAUGCUUGGCCCAGUUCCCAUCACUCGGGGCAAUGGUGGCACUCAGUGUGUUUUGGAACAUCUCCCAACGCAAACCGUUAGGCUGUGCGUCUUUCGGGAUCAGUGGGAGGGACAGUGGUCAGAUUUUAUUUUGCAGCCAGUUCGUGCCGUUUUGCAACAGCACCCGCUUCUCACCUUGUGUAAGAUUUCGGGUUGUGGUGAAGACUGUGUCCAUUAUCAUGCUGCUGUUGACGAGCCCUUGGACAGUGUCAUCUUGGACUUGUGGGCACGUCGUGCCACUGAUGACCGUUAUGGCAUGAUUUGGUUGGGUGAACUUAGCUUCACUGAACUAGUCCACAAACUCAAGACAACACCUCAUGCAGUGGCCAUUGGUCGCCUGAGGCAGAAGUAUGGAUUGCGUUUUUUGCAAGAGCAUAAGGAGGCUGGCACCACAGCCCUCAAGCCACAUGAGCCAUUUGUUGCCACCAAGGUUGAUCAGCUUUAUCGUUUGUAUCCUUUGCCUUUUGGGACACAACGUGUUGCUUUGCAGAAAUGUUUGUCUGAGUGGGGUUGGAUGGCGCGUGUUCGACAAGCCAUUGGAGGUGGAGCUGAGGGCACAGCUUGGGAAGUUGGCGCAUCCCAGCCCCCCCCCUCUUCGAUUUUGCCUGGGCCGAAUGGUGAUGUCGCCAUCACGUUGCUCAAAAAGAUGAAUGCCCCAGAUCCCUCCAAUACUGUGUUGGCUUCCUCAACCACCAAACGUUUUCUUCAGAAUGCAUCGGGUGGGACAGAUCCAUGGACUCAAGGAAUGGAUCCCUGGGGAGGGUAUUCCGGCUCAUCAAGUUCUGCCCCACGUGCUGCAGACAAAAUGCAGCAGCUCGAAGAUCGCCUUCACAAGCAGGUGGUUGAAACGGUGCGCAAAGAGGUUGCUGAAUCCACUGCACACGUGGAAACAGACACGCCCAUGGACUUUGCUGACCUUGGUGAUUUUAGGACCACUGCGGAAAAUCGAUUUGCACGUUUGGAGACAGGCAUGCAGGAGCUACAGUCGCAGACGAGCAAAUUUGAGAACUGGUUUUCACAGAUGCACCAGACCGAAGCCCAGCUGCAAACCCAGCUGCAGCUUGUGACACAGCAAGUUGAAGUUCAAGGUCAUGGAAUCGAGCAGGUGCGCAAAGAUCUGACCAUGCAGGUGGGUGGACUCCAGGAAGGACUCAACACAGUCCAGAGUGAUGUCACAAAGGGCUUCACUCGCCUUGAAGCUCUCCUUGAGAAGCGUGCCAAGGGCAGACCGGCUUUGCUUGGUUGCAAAGGUUUGAACUCUAAAGAGCAUGUGGUCUACGCUCUCCCUGCGGGAAUUACCUGCUUGGCUGAAACGCAACUUGCUUCUCCGGGGCUUGCCAAGUCAUGUGGACUUUUGCGAUCUUGGGCCUACAAAGAUAACCGACGUCUUCGUUUACUUCCUGGGGCCGCGGUUCCUUUGCGGGCCAGGAGUCUGACGUCCGGUACUUGGUCGGGUGUUUUCCAAAUGUCUGAUUUGCCUUGCCAUCGUAUCCAACUGUCGUGGCCCCAAGAGGAAUUCCGUUUGGGUCGCGUUCAGGUGGCGAGCUUUAGACAUGCUGCAGGUUUGAUCCAAGGUACGGUUGUUUAUGGCUGGAGUCCGGGACCCACUUGGCCACGUGCUCAUCAAGCUACUCGUGAAUUGCUGCAACGGCUCACUGUAGAGAUCAUCCACGGUUCCUGCGGAUACCGGUUUAUUUGUGGAGACUUCAAUGGAGAUGACCAUCACUUUCCUGAAUGGGAAGAAUGGGUUCGAGCUGGAUGGCAUGAGGAUCCAACUGAAUACUUGAAAACACUGGGUCAUAAGUAUGAGGCCAGUUUAAAUAAACACUUCAAGCCUGACUCUUCCUUUGGACUUCCCUCAGCUUGUCGUGGACGUGCCAGCACUUUGCAAUCCCAGCGGAGGACAGACCAAAUGCCAACAUUGAAGCCUUCUCGUGCGGGAGAAGAAGCACCUUGCUCUGACCUUGUGGGCCGUUCGUUGCAGCGUUGGUUUUGUCAGCUUAGGCGUUUGCAAUCCCUCCUGCACAAUAUGCGCCGGGCCAGCCAGACACCUUGCGCCGUGGAAUACAGGCUCAGCUUGUGGACUUCAAUCAAGCGAGCUAAAGGCUUUGCUGGUUCCUUUUUGUGUUGGUGGGAAUCUCGCCCACAUCGUAGUCCUGGGGUUCCGGUGUCUUUUCCUGUCCUGUUGCCGUCCCUGGUUGUUGCUGAGCUCCUGUACGAAGAGUUUAAGCUUAACUACCGGAUGUUGGAGAAGUGGCACUUGAAUCACCGGCGUAGCACUCUUGAAGCUGUUCUCCGGGAGGACAUGAAGAAAGCCUUCCGAUCAGUCACAGGUGAUGCCAAACCUUGUCCUGACCGUUUUGAGGAAUCCACUUCUGUCCAAAUUUUGGCCGUUGAUGAACAGUCUCUUCAGGUUCAUGCUGACAGCGACUUGCCAACUUGUGCUCAAGCUCUCUGGACUGUCGAUGAUGUUCCGGCGCAAGUGACUAAGGUUGAUGAAUGCCUUUUUGAGGUUGAGGCUGAAGUCGACUUGCUGCCAGGCAUGGAGCUCACGCAAAACCGCCAGUUCACUUCCGUUGAUGAGAUGUUAGUUCAGUUGCAAACUUUUUGGGCUCCACGGUGGAAUAAGCUCCAAGACUGGGAGCCGCACAGAUGGGAUCGUUUGAUUGGUUUUGUUCGAAGCCAUAUGGCUCCCACUUCGUUUGACUUGCCGCCAAUCACUGCUUCGGCUUGGGAACAUAUCAACAAGAGGUAUGCUCGACAUGCAGCUCGCGGCCCUGAUGGUUUUGACCACCUGGAUCUGCUUCAUAUGCCCCAGUCCUUUCAGCAGGGACUGGUGUCACUGCUCAACUCCAUAGAGCUGGAUGGCACUGCCUGGCCAAAGCAACUGCAACUUGGCUUCUGUUACCCGUUGCCCAAGAAAUCCCAUGCGGCGACGGUGCGGGACUUUCGCCCCAUUGUCAUCCUGUCCAUGCUUUACCGGAGUUGGUCAACGCUCAGGUCACGGUCUCUUUUGCAGCAGUUGCGUGAUCGAGUUGGUGCCGGAGUGGUAGGUUUUCUUCCGGGUUGUGGACUCUCAGUGGUAGGGAUGGUCGUUAUCGAUUGGGUGUGGGAAGUGUACCAAGCUCACUAUGCUGCAUCUUCCAUACCUAUUUCUUACGCUGACAAUCUUGAACUCCUGGCUGUUGAUUUGGGUUCCCUGAUGACCGGUUUUGCUUCUUUGGAGACUUAUGCUGAGCUUUGGGCCUUGGAAUUGGAUGGCCCUAAAACAUUCUUUUGGUCCACUCAAGCUGCAUCUCGUUCGGCACUUCGCCGACUUGGCAAAACUGUGGUUUUGGAAGCUCCUGACCUUGGGGGUGCUAUGACUUACUGUCGCAGAACUGGUUUGGGUUCGCAACGUGCCCGGUUGGAAUCCCUCGAUGUCUUUUGGCCUCGAUUGCGUCGUUCUGUUGCUCCGCUGUCAGUCAAGUUGUACAUCCUGCGGCAAGCUUUCUGGGCCAAGGCUUUCCAUGCCAUUGGCAUUACUCUCAUGCCAUUUCGGCAUAUCGUUUCCUUGCGGACUCGUGCUGCACGUGCACUGGGCUUUGGACUUGCUGGUGCCAAUUCGGCUAUCCGUUUAGGUUUGUUGUCCGGUGAUAUGACUUCUGAUCCUGGCUACUUUCAGGUGGUGCGGGUCUUGACUGACUUUCGUCGUUUUCUUCGCAAGUCUCCCUCUCUCCUUGGUCACUGGGUUACCUUCAUGCGCAACUUUGACGGACGUUGGUUGUCUGGUCCGUUCAGCAAACUGCUUGAAAUCUUUGACCAGCUUGGUUGGACUGUGGCAGCUCCCCCAUGCUGUCUUGACCAUGACGGUUGUGCUUGGAAUUUGCUCACGGUUAGUUCCACUACCCUUGACACCUUGCUGGCUGAUGCAUGGCACCAACGACUGGCGCGCGAAGUUCAGCACAGGAAGGAUUAUGAGGGCCUUCACGGCCUUCAUUGGCCACCAAGCCGUCAUGAAAAACGACUGACUGCUUUGGACGUCGCAUGUCUGAAUGCGGUACGCGAGGGUGUUUUUCUUUCUGGCGACUCCCAGGGCAGAUUUGACAAGGUCAAAGGAGAAGCUUGUCGGAAUCCCUACGCGGUUGCAAAGAAGCGUGCUCUUUGUGCAUUAGAUGACCAGCCGGUUGUCUUUGAAGAUGUGGAGGCCUCUUCUGAUUGGGUGGAUUUAUUCACAGAUGGCAGCUGUCUCAACCCGUCAUGUUCUGCUCUUGCACUGGCGGCUUGGGCAUUGGUUUCUGCAACUCAUUCCAGGACCCUUGCUGCUGGACCAUUGGGUGGUCUUCAUCAGGAAAUUAAUCGGGCGGAGCUCUUUGCUGCAGUGAUGGCUUUACAAUGGUCCUGGGAAGGUGGGUUCCGCAGUGUUCUUUGGACGGAUAGUGCAUAUGUGGCCCGUGGCCUGCAUUGUCUGAUUUCAGAUUCCGAUGCUUUUGAACCGGAUACCAAUGAAGACCUUUGGGAUCGAUGUGCAGAGUUGCUACAAGCUCUUCCAACCAAUGCGUUCAGGGUUCAACAUGUCCCUGGACACCAAGAUGUUGAAGCUGCUGCGUCCCCUCUGGACGAGUGGACAGCGUACUGGAAUGGCGUUGCGGAUUUGGCCGCGAGACAUGCUCAUCACGCAAGGCCACUAGCAUGUCAACUUGUUUGCAACACUUUUCAAGAUCAUUUUUUGGCAUCAGAAGCUGCUGUGGACAAGUUGCGUGAAUUGCACUUGGCCAUUGCAAGACAGCGUGCCGGUGGUGAUUUUGAUGUGGAAGAUUUCCAAGAUGAGACCGACAGCAUACCACAACAGAGAUCUUGGCAACAGGUGGAUGACUGGCUUGAUGCGCUGCCCCUUGGAUGGACCCAGACCUGGUUAGCUGAGCCGAAAGCUAGGUCCUUUUCUCCAGAGGCUGUGCAAACGCUACUUCACACACUGCAGAUGGAACGUGAGAGUUACGCAUGA